AUGCCUCGGGGGCGCAAAUCCGCCACUGCCAGAGCCAGUUCGGGCGGCCAGUCCAGACUCUCGUUCAACAAUCGGGUAACGAAGACGAGCGCACACGCACAGAGGGAUGAAGAAGUCGCCAGCGCCAAGAAAAUCUCUCAGAUCGAAGACACUCUACAGCAGGAACAACCAGAGCCGGAAGUCGUGGAUGUGACAGUCAAAGACGAACCAGAACCGGGACCAGCGCAGCAGAAGAUCGAGAAUAACGAACAACCGGAGACCGAGCAGAUCGUCGAGAAAGAACCAGAACCAUCCAAAGCCGUAGCGAGACGGAGAAUCAAAGCCGUCAAGGGCAAGGACGAGAGAGAGAGAGCCGCGGAGAAGAUCACAGAUGCGCAACUCAAGAAGUACUGGCAGAAGGAAGAAGACUCGAGGCUUGCUCCCAGAGUACACCAAGAGACCCUCCCCCUCCACGAAAAGAUCCUCCGACACUUCGACCUCUCAUCCCAGUACGGCCCUUGUAUCGGUGUCCCCCGUCUGACCCGCUGGCGGCGAGCCAAUACUCUGGGCCUGCAACCGCCCAUUGAAGUCCUCGCCGUGCUGCUCAGAGAAGAAGAAGGCGGUGAUGCGAAAGAGGAGAUGCAUUACGGACGCAAGGGUCGGAGUCAGGGCUGUGGCAAAAUGGCGUAUAUCGAUGAACUUGGAGGUGGACGGGUUGUGCUUGUCGAGUAA